AUGGUUAACAGCUUGUGGUUCAAAUGGAAGAAGCUUCGCCUGCCCUGGCGAAAAUCCUUCUUGGUCGGUGAGGAUCUCGCUGGAAAUACCUUCUGGGAGUUCAAGGAUGUGUUGAAUGCAUCUCGGUUCCGACGCAUUGUUCGAUUCGAUCCCAAAACUCAUUUGAGUGAUGUUCAAGUGACACCGCAAUGGUACCAAUGGUUGCGACAUGUCCGAGAACACCCCCCGAGCAUCCAGGAGCAGCAACAAGAUCUUGUCCGACAGGCGCAAAUCAAACAACUCGCUCGACUCGCCGAUGAACGCUGGGCCAGCAAACCCUCCGUCCUCGAUAAGCCCAAGAAUCAUCAACAACCACCAACGACCCAGAUCAACGAGGCGAAUUUGAAUCAGCCCGCUAACGCUGCUCCCGCACAAACAGUACCGGCUUCAACCACAUCCGAACCCGUACCGAAGACACAAAAGGUGGAGAACCCAUGGGGCAAGGCCAACAAAACCAACCCAGGUGAGGAGUGGCAACCUGAAGCGUGGACUCCUAGUUCCAAGCGGUGA